GUAAAAAUGGCUUCUACUCCUGAGCAUGUUGUUUGUACACCGACUUUUGUUUUUCCAGCAGCCUUUCCAGUUUAUCUCCAGCAUAUAGCACAUGUACUGCUGUAUAUGCAUCAGCUGUAGAUACAGACUCUGUCUUCCAAGUCAAUAGAUUUUGAAGAUAAUUUACAGGUAAUUGUGCAACAGCCUCUGUUCAGACGAGGAAAAACCACUGCCAAACUAACUUGUAUGACAGUUUAAGACUGGUUAUGUUACAAUGAUGAAAAACAGAAAUUAUAUUGCUAGUUUUGCAUAAAGGCAAGGCCAGCUGUUGCAGGGAAACAUUAUUUUAUUUCUGGAAGUAGAGCAAAUGGUGCCAGUGUUAGUAUGGGAGUUACAGGAGGGUAGGUGCUCUCUUGGAAAGUGAGAUUGGACAGCAUAUUAUGUAAUUUCAUUGCUUGCCAUAUAAGCUUGAAUUGGCAAUGUCAAGUGCCCAAGGAUUAGUUCCAAUGAGUGAGAAAGUGUGUGAUUUGUAGUUGGUGUGGAAAACCUACCACUUCAGCUCAAAAAGUAAAUGCAAUUUGAAAGCCUUUGGAGCUGAGUUAAGCUGCACAAUUAGGACACCUUUGGCUAUUUAUUGGGCAUUGUUUUCUUUUUCUUCAGUUAAAUUAUGAUAAUCUUGCUGUUGGAUAGGGAUAGUAUACUGCUGUGCCUCUUCACAUGAAUGUUUUCCAGAAACACAGAUGUUAAGGGAAGAGCAAAGCAUGCUGUCCAGGAAGUAGAAAAACUUGAUUUUGUAGGGUUUUGUCAUUUUUGACAUAUCUUUUCAGAGGUGUCAAAGUUUAGCCUUACAUUCUAGAAGAAUUGUUUUGCAGCCAUUGAGAACUUUGUUUUGACAAUAAAAAUCUGAAUGAAAAGCCAUUAAAAAUGACAAACUAGAGAAAUUUUUGGAACAUGUGAAUUCUAAACCCCAGGCAGGUGCAUAAUAGCAGGAUUGUUUAGAAAGCAAGAGGGGCAGAGCCUCUAGCAGUAGCUUUUCCAAAAUAACUUAGACUUAGACUGAAAAACAGUCAAGGUAGGGGUGGGGCCUGUGUCCAUAUGUGGCAAAAUAUUUGAGAUUUUCACAGAAUAAAAGGUUUCAUAAGAACCCAGUGUGAUAAAGUGUUUGAAAAUUUGUUGCCAUUAUGCAUGGCUUGAUGGUCUUGUUAGCUUUGGAGAUGAGCAGUUAGAAAUCUUACUGAAUUUUACAGUGACCUUUUAGAAAAGAAUGUAUUCAAUGUUGAUGCAGUUCAAGCAGAAUACUUAAAACUUUGGUCAAAGGUCAGUUUACGAAUAAAUUUUAUGGUGAUUUAUGGGAGGUCAUACUAACAAAAGAGCUGUCUUGCACAGAUAUCAAAAAUCUUCUAGAUACUUGUGUUGCUGAUAUGAGCUGCCCAAUUUGAAUGGGGAUUUUCUGCACAAAACAAUUACAUCCAAGCUACGCAACUCACUUAACUUGGUUAUGGUUGAAGAUCUUGUAAGAAUCAGUAGAGCGGACCCUUCACAUGAACUAUUUGACCCAGAGCCUUGUGUUAAGUGCUGGCUUUGGUUGAAUAAAAGGAGUUGAAGACCAAACUACACUUCCUGGCCAGGUGAUGUAGACAUCUUAACUGUUGGUGACACUGGCUAAGACUAAUGAAUAAGAAAGAUUUCAUAGUUGCAUAUAGUUCCCAGGCUUAAGUCAAGGCCAAGUUCCAACUAAUUUGGAGUACUGAGUUAGGAAACAUUAUCAAAAAGCAAAAGUAAGGAAUUCACUUUUAAAGCAUUAAAGAUUAAGAACAACAGCAUGAAGAAGAAGGACAGAUGUAUUGGCAGAACAGCAGAUAACCCAGAGAACAAGAAAGGCAGACUAAGUCAGAGUCAGACUGUAUUGAGAAAGAAUGAGGCAGCACAGGAAACAAAGUUUUGACCCACAUUCACAUAUGGCAAAUUUUCACCCAAAUAGUGGACCCUCAGCAAUAUGUCAUCAUCUAAAAUCUCAAGAAGUCCAAAAAAUCAAGACUACUAGUCAUGGUUCAGAUGUAAAAACCCAUACCCUUUUUGUUAACAAUGACUAUGCCACAACUAGCCAAAACUUUUUGGUGGCUGCUAAAGGUGUUCCUACAUCUGCUGCUUUCCCAUGUGUUAAUCCAUCCAAAGUGGUUUCUGCAGCAGCAGCUGUAGAGAAACAGGAAGACAUGAAAGACAAGUCAUGGCCCUGUCCAGCAUGUCAGGUCCCUUUCAAGACAGCAUCUGAACUCCAAGCUCAUCUUUCUCAUCACACAAAAGAUGAUAGAACAGCUCCUUGUGAAACCUGUGGUAAGCUAUUUAUUUCAGCAGAGAGAGUCAGAAUUCAUGUGCGUGCAGUUCAUGGAAAAAAGUCUUGUUCUUGUGACAUUUGUGGCAGUGGUUUCAGCUACCGUUGUAAGUUAUUGGACCACAUGCGAACCCACACAGGAGAUAAGCCAUUCCACUGUGAUGUCUGUGGAAAGAACUUUUCCCAAAAGAAUCAUUUGACUCGGCAUUCUAUGAUCCAUACUGGAGAACGUCCUUACCCCUGUGAUUUUUGUGGAAGAGGUUUCUACCGGAAAGACAAGCUAUCCCGGCACAGACGUAUACACACAGAAAAGCUUGAGGUUCACAUGCCUUCAUCACAAGGAGAAAAGCCCUGCUCUUGUGGCAUAUGUGGAAGUGGUUUCAGCUACCGUUGCAAAUUAUUGAACCACAUGCGAACCCACACAGGAGACAAACCAUUCCACUGUGAUGUUUGUGGAAAGAACUUUUCCCAGAAAAACCAUUUGACACGGCAUUCUAUGAUCCAUACUGGGGAACGUCCCUACCCAUGUGAUUUUUGUGGAAGAGGUUUCUACCGGAAGGACAAGCUGUCCCGGCACAGACGUAUACACACAGGUGAGAAGCCUUAUAUAUGUUUAGCCUGUGGUAAGUCAUUCUACCGCAGAGAUAAGUUAACACGUCAUAUUAAAAUGCACAGUGGGGAAAAGCCUUUUAUGUGUGCCAUCUGCGGAAAAAGAUUUGUUGAAGAAAGAGAUCUGAAGAGACAUAAGUGCCCUACUCGUCACUUGAACAAUAUUACUACCAAAUGCCAGAUGACAACCCCAUGCUCUGGGAUCCAGCAACAGGAGUUUGACCAACAGCAGCAGUCUGACCAUCCUAAGCAGCAAUCUGAACACCCCCAACAAGAGCAACCAAGUUAUCACACAACAGACAACACAGAUCAUACCAAGUCCCUGGACCAAAGUUUUGAAACUCAGCCCUUUCACAGCCUUUCCAAUCAAACUUGAUUGGCUGUAUUCUUAACUAGGGAUUCACUGAGUAGCUUCAGCAUACUCUGGUAGUGUUGCUUAUCAACAACCUUGUAUAUGAUUACAUUCCUUUUUUCCUAUUUUUCUUCAUUCAAUCUGUUAGAUGAGAACUUGUUAUUCUGCAUAGAAAUUACCUGGGAAAGAAAUGCACAUCUAGAAAUUUAUUUUUAGUUAUAACAAUUAGUGAGUAAUGGAUUUCAUCCCACAAUGCUUAUAAUCAAGAAAGUAGGCAAUUUUCGAUAAAAAAAAUAAAUUUUAAGAAAAAAAAAGCGUAGUAUUUUGUUAACUGUUUUUGUUCUUAAUUUUUGGGCUUCUUAUACACUUCGUAAUAUAUGGUAUAGUGGUUUUUGUUAGUAAAUUGUUAUUCAAAUACUUGUUAGAGCUAGUUAUUGUAGUGGUUUAUAUAAUGUUGUUAUACUUUUGUUGUAAAGAUUUAUUAUGUUUUAUUCACCAUGCAUUAUAAAAUCUUAUAUUUUACAUUAGUAAUGGUUUGAGUUAAAUAAUGCAAUAUGUUUUCUGGAAAUAUGACUUUUAUAUUCUGAAAGUUUUUAUGUUUGAUUGAACAUGCAGGCCAAAUAUGAGUAGUUCACCACUCCUGACAAGGCUUUAUCUUUGAGAUAUCCAUAUUGUUUGAAUACACACAUAUUUUGUGUUAGAAACAUGGAAGAAUAGGUGCUUAUAUUAAUUUCUGCAUUUUAUCAUUCAAGUUUGAAAAAGAAACUUACUAUUGGUAAUGGGCUAUUUUUGGCACAUUGAAGUUCAAAGUUGUAGAAUAGUUGUAGUGAAAUAUAGUACAUGAAGUAUUUUAAAAAUAAUAUUACAGUCAUAAUGGGUACAUUUGUCUUAGGGGUAUUCCAUUUGCUUACCAUCACAGGUUUUACCAAUUCCCAUUAACUCUUAUAGAUUAAAUAAAAUCAACUGUUUUACAAGAUUUUACACAAAAUUAAUUUAACAAUAAGCUGUACUUUAAUUAAGUUAAGUUUGUAAAUUUCAUCACAAUAAUACUAAUAUUUUACGACAUGUAUAUUAUUUUAUUGUACAUUAUUCUCUCUUGUUGAAGGAAACAAGGUAUUUGUUUUAGCAAGAUUUAAAUAUACUGCAUAUCUUUUACUUUUGUACUUGGAGUUUAAUUUUUUAAUAUGAAAUGUUUCACUAGCACUGAAAGAAGUCCUCACUACACUGAUAUUUACCAUUCUGGCUUUAAAAGUUCUUGUAUAACCUAAAUAACUGUAAAAUAGUAGUUAUCACUGCCCAUAUUGGUCCCACGUUAUGUCAAGCAAACUGUAAUAUGUAAAUAAUGUAGUGAAUAAACAUUGAUAUACAACUUAAAUUAAUACACAAAAACUUGUAAAAUUAGUAUGUAUUUACUUUGGUGAUAAUAUGGCUGGAAUGGUAAAAAUUGCCCUAUUUUAAAUGCCAAAGCUUAAUUUUUUUUUUUAUGUUCAGAUAAUUAAAAGUAAACAGGCUAAAUUUUGGAGACAUUCUGUCUUUUCUGUCAGGAAUCAUUUUGAGGAGUUUGUUUUUGACCCAGUAAGUAACACAGGAUGUAUUUAAAAAGAUAUGAUUUAGUCCACGAGUCAGAUAGGGUGAUCGGUACCAUCUGGGGAGGCAAAGUUGCAUGGUUAUAUUUUAAAGGUUUAAGUAUCUAUACAGACUGUUUGGGCAUGAUAGAUAUCUGGCUAGAGUAGCUUUUUAUUAUAUUUUUUCGCUGCUUUUAUAUGUAUACCCUAUGUUCUGUGAUUUGAUAAUUUCUGGAUUAUUUGAAGUAAAUGUCAUCUCUAAGUGUUAGUACUUACUUUUGUAUGAUUUGCUUCAAACUUAGCACCAAAUCAAAUUGUGUGAUGACAAAAGGACUAUGAAGUUUUAUGUUGAUAUUUGCUAUAACUUGGGAAUUAUUAGGUGAAACAAAAAUCUACAAUUAUAUUUCAAAAGUUCAUAAAAAUACACAUUUCAAAUUCAACAUCUCACAAGAUUUGUGUGAAAAGAUCAAUUUGAAGCUUAUAUCCAUACCAAACAUCCAUACAGCAAAGACUUUUUCUAGUAAAAAAUUAAUUACCUUGUCAAAUAUAUAUUGUUUCAAUUGAAUUUCAUAUUAAAAAUGUUAUAUAAAAUAGUCACAAUCAAAAAUAUUUCGAGAACCACAAAAUGGUAUACUGGAAAAUACAAUCUACAUUUAUAUGUAAACAUUUAGUACUUGAACUUGUUAAGAACAAGAUCUUUGCACUUAUACUACUGUCAUCACAAUUAUCUUCAACACUAUAAUCAUAAUCAUCUUCUUCAUUCUGGUCAUCCACUUCAGCAUCACAGAUAUGCUUUUUUUAUAUUGUCGUCACCAGGUUGUUGGUUUGUGUAUGCCUGAAGCCUAUACAUUUCUGUCUAUGGUAAUCUGUUAUUAAUACAAACAGGGACCUACUGUACAAAAACAGGAACAAUCACAUCUCAUCAGCUCAAGUACAACUUUUGUUGUUGGGGGUCCAGUCAUCCAAAGAAUGUCUAAAUUUCCUUCAGAGUUAGCUCUGACUUUUGUGACUUGUGGGUUUAGGUAUGUCAGGCUCAGAUUCUAAUGCCUUUCUCCAAAUAUUGGCUUGGUAAUUUGCCCACAAUGCAUGUUGGAAGAGAUGGUCUCUGCAAGGGGGAAGCUGGCUGGAAUCUAAUUUAUCUCUUUUGGCAAUAAAAAUUUUGAUAAUGACAUUGGUUUACAUCUGCAGUUUAAUUAGACAGAGCAUACAAGUUCUUCCAACUUUAAAAAAAAAGCUAAUCAGAAAGUACCCAGGAAUGGCCAAGUUCCCUCUGUUGAUAUGUAGGUGCAUUUUUCACCAACAUUAGUGCACCUGUCUUUCCUUUGUCACCAAAUGCACUGGUAUUAUCACAGUCCAGAAAUGUGUGAAGGUCAAUCAAACCAAAACAUACAUAUGCACCAAGAAAACCAACAACUUUGGUGAUGUCCUUGUAUUUUUUGUGGUUUUGUGUUCCAGAUUUGACACACAUAGGGCAAUGGAUGUCUUUGUUGAAACUCAAACAAAAAAGAGAACAUCUGUGUUUUCUGCUAAUACAGUGAUAGUUUUGUAACCUGCUUCUGUGGCGUGUGCAGUGUGUAAAAUCAUACAAGUGUCUGCCUCUUCAUGAGAUGACUUGAGGUCAUCUAUCAUCAUUAUGUUAACUUUGGUCAACUUGAAACAUGUAGUUCUUUGUAAGGUAUGUUGCAGUAUUUUUUCUUUCACUCAGUCGUCAGAAAUGUAAUAAGACUAUUUGUUUUGUGAGCUACACAAUAAUUUCCUCCACUGUUGUACUUUAUGACCUGCAGCAAGGCUCUUGAAUUACAUGCCAAAGUUAGACCCUCUUAAUAGAUGUUCUAUGACACACAUCAAAAAUGACAUCAAUCCUAUGACUAAGUGUGCCUUUGUGUAAAAUCAUUGACAGCGCAUAUUCUGCUAGUUCCACAAAGGUUGUCUCCUUUCAUCUUCUGAAUAAUACACAUUCCAUCGAUGAUGCAGGUGGAUGCUCCUGCUAUAUUUUCUGCUGGUGACAAGUUCUUCAUUACUUAACAGCCAAAAGCUGCUUUGUUGGUCUUCCAUGGUGAUCCAUCAAAAGUGGGUAGCGACCAUGGAAUUGGACCCAGUGGAUGCAUGAGUACCUCUUUGAUUUUGAGGUUUCUGUUCUGUGUAAUUAUAAUCAUGUUGCUGAACAAAUCUCUAUCUGCAUUAAGUUGCACUUUGCCAGUUGUUUUUGUAUAUUCUUUUCUUUUGUUGAGGUCAGAGAACAUCUUCAGCUUUUGUUUGGUCAUUUUGUCAUGAAAUUUAUGAAGGCAUCUUCAUCAAGGUGAUUAUUUUUGAAUUCUUGGUAUGCUUUUUCUCCUAAUUCUUGUGCAUGAGGGAGUUGAUCUGUAACAUCAGAAUUUGCUGCUUUGCCUGUUGACAGACUGACCAAGUCCAUUUUUUCUCCAAAAGGAUUCACCCAUUUGUUUUCCAGCAUAUCAACUAUAGCAUCAACAUAAGCACAGUCUUUUCAGAUCCUUGAUGCCUCUAGGUCUAUGGGAGAAAAUUUUUAACUGUGUAGUUGUGUCAUAGCUCUCAUUUGCCUGAGACAUGUCAUCCUGUACUCUGCUAUCAUGUGGUAUUUGGUGGCUCUAUUGGGAUGAAAACUGAAACCUUUGGUGCCACCUGGGGUUUCAGUGUCCUUAUUUACUGUUUCUUCCAUCACCUGAUCCACUGAAAUUUUUCCAAAUGGAUUCUGAAAUCGUAGCUGAACUGAGAACCCUCCAGCCUUGAAAUGAGUGAAGACAGGUGAAUGCUUGUUCAGUAGUUGUUGCAUGCAAGGCCAGCGCAACACUUCAAGGUGCCCUUGGUCAAAAAUAAUGAUUCAG